AUGGGUGUUCUCGUGAAGUACCAGUUCGUUAUAUUUUUGCUCUGCUUUAUAUGCACCGUGUCAAGACAUGCCUUAUUAGAAGGCUGGGCUAUGGCUUUGCCUCAUGUCCACUCAGAUUUGCACUUUUCGACAACAUGAAUCGGCGCUAUAGAUAUGCUUUUUUUAUUCAUGUACGCUCUUGGGAAUAUGAUAGCUGGGGCAAUCGGGGACUCUUAUAGCAGGGUUCUUGUGGUCUCGCUUGGCUUAAUUGUGUCAUCCGGCUUUUGGGGAAUCGUAAUCAUCCAAUUAGGUAUGGAUUUUGAUCAUGUCAAGCAUAGACCAACCUCCGAUUUAUUUGAUAUUUUUUGGGAUUAUGGGAUGCCUGCAAGGUGGAAUAUAUCCUGGAACAGUUGUUAUUAUGGGAAACUGGUUUGCUAAGGAAUCAAGAGGGAAAAUCCUUGGUAUAUGGUCGUCCUGCGCAGCAGUCGGAAAUAUCUUGGGAUCUCAAUUUUCAGCUGCAGCAAUGAGCUUGGGCUUUUCGUGAAAAGAGUACCUAAUUGUACUGAUCGCCAACUUAUGCCUAGUGGGUUGCAUUUUUUGGGUUUUUGCAAAGGAUUCAGCGGGAGUUAACCCAAAUAUACCCAAAAAGAAGCGCAUAUCAGCAAUUCAAGCUUUGAAAAUUCCAAAAGUUAUACCAUAUGCUUUAACAUUUAGCUGCUUAAAAAUGCUUAAUUAUGGUCUGCUUAUGUGGCUUCCGUAUUUUUUAAAGACCGACCAAGACCUCCGUGAAGAAAUAGUUGCAGCAUUAACAGGACUUUUUGACAUUGGAGGGGUUAUUGGCUCUGUUACUUUAGGAUGAAUAAGCGAUAAAUAUCUAGACAGAGUUAUCACGGCUAUGAUUGCUUGCCUAAUUCCUAUUCCAGGAUUAGGGAUCUUUAGAAGCAUAACACCUGAUGUAUAUUGGAUGUUUUUCAUAGUUAUCCCGAUACUAGGAUUUGCAUUAGGAGGAGGGACUGCAUUUAUCUCUGCAGUCGUUGCUGCAGACUUAGGACAAGACCAAGCAGACCAGCCAGAAGAGUCAAAAUCUACAAUUGCAGGAAUUAUGGAUGGGGCUGGAGGAUUUGGUGCAGGGUUGGGACAAAUAAUUGUAAGAAAUAUUUAGAUUGGAGGACUGCAAAAUAUCAGUUGAAGUGCAGUGUUUAUCUAUAUGAUUUUCGUAGGAUGCCUUGCCUUGUUUUCCAUUUCGCCUUUGGUUGUUAAGUACAUUAGAAAAAGAAAGACAGAAAAACUAGUUGAAUUAGACGACAAACAAGAAAAUUCCAUACAGGUUUCAUUGAGCGUAGACUAA